GGGGACGGGCCGAUUAAGGGGAGGCCGGCCCGGGACCGGGCUACCUCUGCCGGCGCGGCUGUGUCCCCCUCAGUCUCGCCACGGCGCAGGACGUGCCGCGGGGCCUCGUAGCACGGGGAGGCCCGGGACCUAGAGGUGAACUGUGAAUACACCAGUGUUGCACGUGUCAUCCUUUCAACUAUUCUGAAGAUUUGAGAAGUUUCAGAAGAAGCAGUCGAGAGACAGAGUGGGUGUGAAUCACACAGGCUUUGCUUCCGGUCACAGCUCCACUAUUUACAAGCAAUAAAGAGUAUGAGCAGAGGAGAGGGGCAGAGGGAGAGAGAAUCUCAAGCAGGAUCUGUGCUCCGAACGGAACCCGACGUGGAGAUCGAUCCCAUGACCCUGGAAUCAUGAUCUGAGAUGAAGUCAAGGGUCAGACGCUCAACUGCCUGAGCCACCCAGGAGCCCCAGAACUAUCUCUGUAUUUGGAAAAGCCUUUGACUCAGGAAUCACCAAGAACUGUUCCAAAAUAAAAGGGCAUAAAAAAAUACACUCAACCUAGGUUGACCUGAGUAGGAAGUAAGAAGAGAGUUAUAGAUCAGUUGCAUUGAGGAAUGGAGACCUGCUGUGUGUAUCCACCAAUCUGAUUGACUUGCUCAGGGGACUUGCAGGGAGCAGCAAGGUUUGAGACUAGAUCCUGUUUUGAAGCAUACCUGCGAGCGAGUGAGAAACCUGGAAGGAAGACAGUGAUAACAGGAAACAAGCCCCCCCCAGUACCUUUUCUGGAGAAACACUGUAGGGGGAGCCAGGCAGAGAUGGAGAAGAAGCUUUGAUGGUUUAUACUUUUGGGAAGUCCUGUAAAAUUAAUUAUUUGCUUUGACUUGGCUAUUUAUGGUCUAUUUUUUGUUUGUUUGUUUUCAUUUUCCCUGAUCAAGACAUAUGAGGCUCAACUAAAGAAAAUGAGUAUAAGAUACCUACCCCUGAACUGAACUCCUCUUCACUCUUAUCAUGGCCAUUGGGACUGUUAAAAUGUGUGAGCACUGAGAAUUACUUGCUCAGUUAAUCCUGGUGUUUUCUUUGGGGUAAGAGGCUGAAGCAUCUCUCUCCAGAAAUGUCUUUGGAAAGUAAAGCGCGACGUGAUCUGUCACUCACGGACUCCUUUGAAGGAAAUGACCAACGUGGUCCUCUGGCAAACAUCCCUCUGGAACUUGAAAAUGAAUCAAGUACUGACUUCAAGCAAUUCGAAGCCAGUGAUCAAUGCACACCUUAUCAUAGGAUCCAUAUGGAACCUCAAGAGAAAUCUAACACUAACUUCAAGCAAUUUGUCAUUAAAAAACUGCGGAGGAGUUGCCAGUGCAGUCCAACCAAAGCCAAAAAUAUGAUUUUUGGUUUCCUUCCUGUUUUGCGAUGGCUCCCAAAAUAUGACCUGAAGAAAAACAUUUUAGGGGAUGUGAUGUCUGGCUUGAUCGUGGGCAUCUUAUUAGUACCCCAGUCCAUCGCGUAUUCCCUCUUGGCCGGCCAAGAACCUAUCUAUGGUCUGUACACAUCUUUUUUUGCCAGCAUAAUCUAUUUCCUAUUGGGUACCUCCCGUCACAUCUCUGUGGGCAUUUUUGGAAUAUUGUGCCUUAUGAUUGGUGAGGUAGUUGACCGAGAACUACACAAAGCCGGCUACGACACUGCCCAUCCUGCUCCUCCUUUAGGGAUGGUUUCAAAUGGGAGCACACUAUUAAACCAGACAUCAGACCAGAUAUGUGACAGAAGUUGCUAUGCAAUUGCAGUUGGCAGCACUGUGACCUUUAUGGCUGGAGUUUAUCAGGUAGCGAUGGGCUUCUUUCAAGUGGGCUUUGUUUCUGUCUACCUCUCAGAUGCCUUGCUAAGUGGAUUUGUCACUGGUGCCUCCUUCACUAUUCUUACAUCUCAGGCCAAGUACCUCCUUGGGCUCAGCCUUCCUCGGAGUAAUGGUGUGGGCUCACUCAUCACUACUUGGAUUCAUAUCUUCAGAAAUAUCCAUAGGACCAAUAUCUGUGAUCUCGUCACCAGCCUUUUGUGCCUUUUGGUUCUUUUGCCAACCAAAGAACUCAAUGAGCACUUCAAGUCCAAGCUGAAGGCACCGAUUCCUACUGAACUCAUUGUCGUUGUGGCAGCCACACUAGCCUCUCAUUUUGGAAAACUCCAUGAGAAUUACAAUACCAGUAUUGCUGGACACAUUCCCACGGGGUUUAUGCCACCCACAGCACCCGACUGGAACUUAAUUCCCAGUUUGGCUGUAGAUGCAAUAGCUAUUUCUAUCAUUGGUUUUGCUAUCACUGUAUCACUCUCUGAGAUGUUUGCCAAGAAGCAUGGCUACACCGUCAGAGCUAAUCAGGAAAUGUAUGCCAUUGGCUUCUGCAACAUCAUCCCUUCCUUCUUCCACUGCUUCACGACUAGUGCAGCUCUCGCGAAGACGUUGGUUAAAGAAUCCACAGGCUGCCAAACUCAGCUCUCUGGUGUGGUGACAGCUCUGGUUCUUUUGUUGGUCCUCCUGGUAAUAGCUCCUUUAUUCUAUUCUCUUCAGAAAAGUGUCCUUGGUGUGAUCACCAUUGUAAAUCUCCGGGGAGCCCUACGUAAAUUUAAGGAUCUACCCAAAAUGUGGAAGGUUAGCAGAAUGGAUACAGUUAUCUGGUUUGUCACUAUGCUGUCCUCUGCACUGAUAAGUACUGAAAUAGGCCUGCUUGUUGGGGUUUGUUUUUCUAUGUUUUGUGUCAUUCUCCGCACGCAGAAGCCAAAGAUUUCAUUGCUUGGCUGGGUGGAAGAUUCUGAAGUCUUUGAAUCCAUGUCCGCUUACAGGAAUCUUCAGACAAAGCCAGGCAUCAAGAUAUUCCGGUUUGUAGCUCCUCUCUACUACAUAAACAAAGAAUGUUUUAAGUCCGCUUUAUACAAAAAAACUCUCAACCCAGUCUUAGUAAAGGCAGCUCAGAAGAAGGCUGCAAAGACCAAGAUCACAAAGGAAACAGUGACUCUCAGCGGAAUCCAGGAUGAGGUUUCCGUGCAACUUUCCCAUGAUCCCUUGGAGCUCCAUACCAUCGUGAUCGACUGCAGUGCAAUACAGUUUUUAGAUACAGCAGGGAUCCAUACGCUGAAAGAAGUUCGUAGAGAUUAUGAAGCUAUUGGCAUCCAGGUCCUGCUGGCUCAGUGCAAUCCCUCUGUGAGGGAUUCCCUGGCCUGUGGAGAGUAUUGCAAAAAGGAAGAAGAGAAUCUUCUCUUUUACAGUGUGUAUGAAGCAAUGGCUUUUGCGGAAGAAUCUCAGAAUCAGAAAGGAGUAUGUCUUCCCAAUGGUCUGAGUCUUUCCAGUGACCGAGAAAGUAGAUGGAAAGGAGAAUUAGCGUCUAGCCCAUAGGUUAAAGUUUGAAGUGUGUAACAUUUUCCAGUUCCCCAACGGCAAAUGUUGCACGCUUGAAAUUUUAACCUGUCUAUGAGGUCUUAUUCCUUUGAAGCUGGUGGCCUUUGUAGAUACCUACACAAAUGCAACAGAGCUUAUAGUCGGGCAGAAUCAAAAAGAAGAAAAUAUCAUGGUGUCAAGCUUUCUUGCAGAUAUGAGAUAUUCUUGGAAUCAAAUAUCUAUUGAAUUGAACUGUAAAGUAUCCCCAAAACGUAAUUACCAUCGUGUGUUAGAAGAUACGCAUUUAGACUCUUCCUUCUCCGGGAGGUAAAGCUGACGUUGGCAUGAGAAGUGCUGGAGCCUGCUUGUUAGGCUCUUUGGAGAGGGAGUCUAAAGGAGGUAGAGAAACAGUGUUGCGUCUGCUCUUAUACCAGCAGGUCGGAAGACUUUUUGGAGCACAAGGUUUGUUCCUGUGUUUCUCCAUUCCCAGUCUUUGCUCCUGAGACGGCAGUAAAGAUCUCUCUGGCUUUUAAUACGAGGAGCACCACUCCUUUCCUUAAGGCAAUGAACCGCAGCCACUGUCUUAUUGGGAGCUGGAUGGCUGGGCAGCCUUGUGAACUCCUACCAGCCAGUCUCAUAUUACUUAGAGCAUCUCUGUAAUACAUUUGAUGUUUUUUAUUCAUGCCUUUUUGGUUAGGGUAAGUAGAUAAGCAAAGACCUCUCGUUCAUAAUCAGCCAAAAUAAUAAGAAUCUGUCCUGUCUUUUUUUGGUGACCUCAGUCUAUCCCUAUUUCUGAGUGUUUCUCUCUUAGUAAGCUUUGUUGUAGCUUUCAUUCAUUCAAUGUUUCCCAUGGAAUCUGUCUUAGGCUGUUGUGGAUUACCAGCGACAAGCCCGCCAGGUAGAAGGGAGAAUGCUGACUCCACAGUUCUAGACAACGUUUUUAAUGAGCUUGAGGCAAACUGUUGGAUGGAUUGCAAAAAGGAAUGAUCGACAGUUUCCCUUAAGAAUUUUUUACUUAGCAGUGAAUUUUUUUUUCCCCUCCCUUGGCAUUUUAGUGAGGGUCCACUGGGGAUCGACAGUCUUUCUCAAGUAGAAGGUCCUGUUCAUCUUUACUCUGGAAGAAUAUUUUAUUGUAACCAAUGGAAAAGAAUGCAUGGAAAUGACAGUGCUUCUAAAAGAACAUCAAUAAUUAAUUGGUAGGUGUUUUAGUGAAAAUAAAGCUAUAUGAAUAUGCUUACUGUUAUAUUCACCCAGUAAAUAUGGAUGGCAGCGACAGCUUCUAACUCCUUGAGCCGCCUAAAGCUAUUAUGCAAGAGGAUUUAGAAACCUCACAUUCAUACAUCCGCAGUUCCAUGGGAUUUAUGACAGCUGGUCACAGGUUGUGGCUACAGGAAUAGUUCCUUUAGAAAAACAAUGUCUGGCAUUGAAAGCUUAUUGUUCUAUAUGUGGACCUUAGUGGGCAAGAAAAAAUACAGAUUUUCCAAGGUUAGGACUAGGAGACUAUGUGACAUUAGAACAUUUAGCCACACUAUUUAAAGCAAGCAAAAUAAUAAUUGCAAAAAUGCAAAUCAUUUUUUAACCUGCACUACAUUCUAAACAAUUUAAAUAUGAGACCCAAACCCUAUGGGUAGGACAUCGAUUGGAGUGGGACACUUUUAAAUAUAUUUAGCUUUCUUGUUGGCUCCGUAAACUUUAAAUUGCUUUUCUAUGGGUAGAGCUCUGUCCGUCUGUUUAUAUGGAAAAUGCCUUUCUAUUAUUAGAACAAAGCAGUUUCUCAGUAGAAAAGUUGGAUUUCUGUCUUUGAGGUGAUUGACUUCAUGAGUAAAUAUAAUAGUACUACAUUUUGAUAUCCUUUUAGAACUUAAGUCUAGACGUUCAGAAAUAUUAACUGCUAUUUGUAUUUGUGGGGUUUUUUGGCUUGCUUUUAGCCAAUAUCUGCCCUUUCUAUCCAGUUUUAGGGAUAGUAAUAGUAAAAUCCCAGUAUCUUGGUUGGUUAUUUGUUUUGAAUCCCUAUUCUCCCUCCUCCAAGGCAGGUUUGAAUCCCGACCAUUAUAGAUGUGUAAUGCCAUGUGAGAGAGUAAAUAAGUACAUGUUCAAGACCACCUUCUCUAUAAUUUUGUAAACACUAGCGCAGCCAAAAAAAAAAAAAAAAAAAA